AUGCAAGAAAGUGAGAGAUAAGCAGAAAUCGAUAGUUCUCCUUCUUCAUUUUAUUUGAAGUAGUAGCAAGGGCAAAUUACUUCAUAAAACAACAUGCAAAACUAUGAUUCUUUAUUGUAUAGCGAAAUCACUGAAAAUAAUUAGACUCUUUUAAAUACUCCAUAGCAUCCUUUCAAGCAAAAGAAUCCAUUAGGAAGUGUUUCACUGAGCUUCAAUUCGAUCAACUUCUAAAGCAUGCUUAAAAAUACAUAGUAAAUGGAAAGCGGAUAAGUAAGUGAACGACAAAAUAUUUAGAGUGGUGAUAAAAACUAAGUUAGCAAUUAUAACUAGAAUAUAAACAAUAACUAAAAAAAUAGUAUUUAGUAGCAAGUUAUUUUAUAGAGUAGCAAUGAUAAAAAAUAUUAAUAAUCUAGUUCGCAGAAUUCUCAGAGCUAAAGCAAUCGAAACAAUAACAGUAAUAUUUAGAAUUAGGUAUUUUAGCAUCAAAAUGCUUUUAAUAGAUCUCCUUACAAAAUAAAUGAGUUUUAAAUAUGCACUGAAGAAGACGAAAAGGAAAAUAAAGAUGAAACAAUAUAGAAUAUAGAAAAAAUAGAUUUGUCUGGAAAUAUGCUGAAAAAUAUGUAGGAUUUAAACAAGUUUAAAAGCUUAGUUUAUUUAAACCUUUCUUAUAAUAGAAUACAAAUUAUUGAAAAUAUAGAAAUGCUUGUUAAUUUGUAAUAUUUAAAUUUAAGCAAUAACAAUAUUAAAGAAAUACCUUCAAUUAUUGAAAGAAAUACUUAGCUUUAGCAUUUGCUCUUAUCUUCUAAUAAUAUUUCUUCAAUAAAUUCUAUUGCUAGUUUAUAAAAGCUACUCAAUUUGAAAGAGCUUAAUUUACUAGAUAACCCUAUUUAGCAGUGCCAAGAUUAUAAAAAUUAUAUAAAAAACAAUCUCAAAUAAAUAAUUUUGUUGGACUAAAAAAAUAUACAUGUCAGCAAUCUUAAUAGCGUAGGGGAAUCUUGGAAUAGCCAGUUGUCAUUCAGUAACAAUACAGUUAAUUAAUCUGCUCAUUUUCAAAGAAAACAGAAUAGCAAGGUUCAGCAAGUUUAAUAACAACAACAAUAAAAUAAUUUAAUUCAACCGAUUUAAGGACUACUCGAAUCAUUUUCUAACAACAAUAAUUAUAAUAACAACAACAAUAACACUAAUUCUCUUUAUUAAAAUAGAUAGAAUCAUAUUUAUUCUUUUGGGUCAUAGUAAAAUGAUACUCCUACAAACCAUCUUUUUGGCUUUGAAAUUAACAUUGAUUACCCACAAAAGUUAAAAAAACCUUAAUCUUUGGAUUUUUAAUAUUUGACUUCAUAGAAUUAAUAAAAUUCUCCUUAGUAAAUUAGAGCAGCUUAUUAUAAUAACAUGGGAGAUCUAAACAGGAGCAUAACAGAAAUAGAAACUGAAUUUGAUAGUGAUGGAAAUGUUUUGGAUAAACAAUUUUAGGAAUAAAGGAUUUUUUAUAGUAAUGCUAAAUCAUCUAAGAAAAACUUCAAAGCUUUUUUAGAAUUUUAAAAUCAAUUAUAAAUGUAAAAUUAAUACUUAGCAUCUCCUUUAAAUAAUGAGCAGUCAGUUAUUCUAUUCGAAAACAUGAACAGCAGUGAAAAGCAUAAUAGGUCUGUUUGGUAAAAUAAUACGCAAGAGAGAAAUGAAUAAACUUUUAGUGAAAGUGCAAAUAAAAAUUCUUUUUUGAUUGACAGCAAAAUUUAAUAGCAAAGACAAGGAAAUGAAAUUGAAAAUGAUUUACAAAGCUCUUUUAAUUUUAAAAGGGAUAAAAAUUUAGAAACAGAAAGCUAAGUUUAAAAUCUAUAAAAUUAAUUUGAUCAAAUCUAAAGCAACGAUUAAAAUUUAAUUCAGAAUAAAACUUUAAGGAGAAACUUAGCAUACGAAGAGUAAGUUGGUAAUAAUUUUUUACCUCAUUUGUCUGAAGAAGAAGCCUACCGCUUGAAGAAGUGUUUAUUUUAACAAAACAAUGACAAGAUAUAAAUUUUGAGUAAUUAACAGUUUAAUCAUAGUAAACAAGAAGACGAAAAUACGAACAAUAAAAAGAAAGAUAGAAAUAACGAGGAUAAUUAUGAUGAAGUAAAUUUAACUAAUAUUCACAGUAUUUCCAACUAUGUUUAUGAUGAAUCAACUGCUAAGAAAGCCAACUAAUAAAUUAAUUUUAUUUAGCCAUAAAAAAAUUAGUAGCAAAUACUUCCACCACCUGCUCCUUCAACUCUUCCAAUUCCUAGUUUAAAGGAAGAGCAAGGAUAAAUAAAUAAAGAUAAAUUCAAGACCUCUCCAUUUUUGGAUUAGAUUGCUAAUAAUUCAGGGUCUAAGCAAAAUGAGUAAGAAUAGAAUGGAAAUCAAUUGAACAAUGUUAGUCAAUUAUAAUCCCUUUUUGACAACAUAGAAAGCCACAGAGGAGAUUUUUUACUAUAAGAUUUUUCUUAAAUAUAUGCAAGCAAAGUAAACACAUCAGAUGUUUUGGGUAUAUAAUUUACCCCAUAAAAUCAUAGUAGCAAUAAUAACAACAUGAAUUAAAUUGAAUAUAUUUCACCAACAGAAGAAUCUACAAUAAAUUCUAACAUUAUGAACUCUGAAAAAUAAUGCUAAACAGUGGCAAAUACUUUAAAUAUUUUAAAUAAUUAACUUAAAGCUCUUCACGAAUCAUUUUAAGAUUACAAUUCUAAUUUGGACUCAACUGCUGAAAAGAGUAACUAAUUAAUUUAGAAAAUUAUUAAAUGCACCGAAGAUAGUCAAAAAGAAUCUAUCAAAGAAAAAGAAAAGUUAGUCCAAGACAUUCAGUUAUUCAAAAACUUAGUAAGCUCCUCAUUCAUAUAGAUUAACAUAUUUGUUGAAGAAUUCGGGUUGCAAAUUAAUACUUUUAUGAAAAUAAUUUAAGAAUGUGGCGAAAGUAAAUGUGAUUAGCUAAAUAAUGAAGGAAUAAUUCCUAAAAUAUCUACAAAUACUCUUAAUAAUAUUAAUGAAAUAUUUGAGUAGAUUCAAAACAAUAAUAAUCAGCUUUUUAUUAAUGCUAAUAGGAUGACAGAAGAAAUUAAUAGAGCUAAAAAUAUAUAAAAUGAUUUUUUGGUAGAAAAAUUAAACCAAAACAUAGAAAAAAUAAUAUCUCUCUUCAAAGAAAUUUCUAAUCUACACUUAACUUGUUGUGAUACAUUUGAGAGCAUUGAGCAUACUUCUGAAAGGUUAACAAAGUUUUUCAUACAUAUUGUAAGACUAUUUUAAGCCAAAUAGGUAAUACAAUUUUCCAAUCACAAAAGGAAUCUCUCAAAUUAAACAAAUAAUUCAUGUAAUUAAACAAUACAAAUGAAACAGCCAUCUUCUUCAACUAAUAUCAGUAAAGAUCACGGACAGGCAAAUUCAAAACUAAAUAGACAGCAAUCAACCAAAGAUUUUAACAUUUAAAAUAAUAAUAAUAAUAAUAAUAACAACAAAAAUCAGCAAUUUUAAAAUAAUGAUAAAGAAAAAAAAGGUAUUGCUGCAAGUUCAAAUUAGUAGAAUUAGCAAUUUUAGGAAAAUAAAAAUCAGAAUUCGAACAGAGAUAGCUAAAAGCAGGAAAGCUUUGAUAGGAAUUUAGAGAAAUAGGAGGAUUUAAAAACACCUAAAAGCAAUAAUAACAACACUAAUACGAAUAUGAAUUCGAAUAAUUCUAGAAUUGGAUAUACUCCCUUGCAAGAAGGGUUUAGUGAAGAAGAACAAAAGAAGUUGAUGAAUAGCAAUAUUGAACAAAUUCAAUAACAAAUGAAUAACUACAGAAAAGAAAUCUAGCAAAAGCAUUUAAAAAAUUAGAAAUCUGAAGAAUUAAAAUUAGAAGAACUUGAUCCUUCUUAAAGAAUUAAUAUUUUAUAGUAAAAUAUAAGCAAUACUCAUAUUUUCCCUUUUCCUACAUAAUAUAUGAAUCAACAAUUAUCUAAUAUAAAUACUAGCUUUAGCAAUGAAGUUCAAAUAAAAUCUAAUAUACCUAUUUCUCCUCAUUUAACUACUAAUUCUCCAAGCACAAACAUCUCUUAGCUUAAAAAUAACAGCUAAAAACCUACUUAAUACCAAUAAGAGUUAGAAAUUUUAAGAUUCAAAUUUAGUGAUUUUGAAAAAACAUCUCUGAUGAGAUACGAUAACCUUCUAAAAGCAAAAGAGUAAGUAGAAAAAGAUUACAAUUAAAUUGUUUAAAACUAUUCUGAGUUGUAAUAAAAUUAUGAAUCUAUUCUAGUCAAAUAUAGUGGAUUAUAGUCAAAAUAUGAAGAAUCGCUCAGUUUGAGAGAUAAAAAUAACAAUGAAAUAGAGAGGGAAGAAUUUAUAUCAUAAAUAUCUUAACUUAAGUUAAGAGUAAAUGAUUUAGAGAAAUAUGUAAGCUCAUCAGAAAACCAAAAGCAGCUACUUUUAAAAGACAAACAAAUACUUAAAGAGCAGCUUUCGCUUGUACAAAAAGAUUAUGAAAGUCUUGAGAAAUAAAAUCAAAUUAAUAUAAAUUAAAACCAAAAACUAAUUGAUAACAACAAAGAUCUUGCCUAAUAAAACUAAUAAUUACUGUUAAGACUAACAGAAGCAGAAAAUACAGUCCUGAGCAUGAAACAAGUACUAACUCCUAGACUUCAUACACAAUAAUAGUCUGAUUAACAUCAAGAGUAUACCUCUAAUUAAGAAAAAUAGUAUUCGCAUAAAAAAUCUCUGUCAUAAUAGCUAAAUAAUUAAUACAAUAAUAAUAAUAAUUAAGCAACGAUUUUGUAAUAAGGAUAAAAUUAGAUAAUUUGUAAUGAGGAAUUGAGCUAGUUGUUAAAAAAUAUGCUGUAAAAUGUAAAUACCAACAUGUAACAAAAUACUUAGAUCAUACAAUUAUUAGGCUCUAAAGAUACAUUAAUCAACAAUUAAACUUAAUCUGAUAAUUUAAAUGAAAACUAAUAUGAAGCCCACCAAGAAUGGAGCGAAAUGCUAAAAAUGCAAAUAAAAUAAAAGUAACUACUUUACAAACAAAUACUUGCAUUGGCUGCUAUUAUCAGUACAAUUUAAUCAAAUGAUGAAAAAAAGCUUUAGGAAUGCAUUAAGAAAAUUACUUCAUUAUAGGAAACAACAAAUCAAUCUACUUAAACAGACCUUAACUCUCUCGUAAAUACUUAAUAUUAAUUUUUUGACUCAAUUAUUUCUCCUCCUUCAAAAACAUCCACAGUAAUCACUCAAUAGACUAAUAAUAACAUUACCAGUAAUAACUAAAACAUUAAUCAAAAUAACAAUACUGCAUCCAAUAAUAACACUUUAGAAGACUCAAACACUAAAAGCAAUAUAAUGACGGCAACUACUAUGACCUUACCUAAUAUAUUAGAAUCGGUACGGAAACAUUAGCAUAAUGUUAUGUAAGCUAAAUUAAAAAGCAAUACAACUGUUAAUUCGUCAUCUACAGCUUCUGAGAAAUUAUAUAAAUUAGCUGCUUAGCGCUACGAAGAAGAAACAACUAAAAAUCUAAAGCAUAAAAAAAAUUCAAAUUAACCAUGCGAAAAAUGGUUCAAUAAUUCUCCAGAAAGAUAUUGUGGGUAAUAAAAUAGUAAGCCUGCUCAAAAUGAAGAAAAAAUAGAUGAAGUAAAUUAAUCUUCAUCUUAGAAUUCUUCAAGCACAUAAAAUAAAAGUCUUUAAAAGAGCAGAUAGCUCCUUAAGCAAAUGACUGAUCUGGCAAAUGAUAAAAAAUCAUUUUUAGCAGAAGAUAGCGCUUUUCUUUAAACUAAGAAAAAAGUAGCUAAUAACGAUUUUAAGUAAGGAGAUUAAAGUACUAGCAGUGGCAACAAAAAAAACGUAAGUAAAUUGAUAAAUGACCUACAUAGUCAAAUGGAUAAGAAAACAUUUAGGAAUUCAAAUAGUAGUAAUAUUAAUAAUGCACAUGCCAUCAACUAAUCAGAUAUAAUUUUGAAUAACACAACUACCAAUAAAAAAUCUAAAAGAGAAUAAACUAAAAGCCCGUCUGCAUAAACUUUAACUAAAAACUGCUAAAAAAAUAUAAUUUUAAGUAACCACAAUAGUAAUAAUAGCUAGUAAAUUUUAGUUAAUAACUUCCUUAAAAAAGAAUUUAAAUACCCUUCUAAAGGAAGCUAGUCAAGCCUUUUGAACUAAUCUCAUCAUUUAACAAAUAAAACUCAAUAAUCUUAAAAUCAAAGUUCAUCUGUAUUACAUUUAACUUAAAUAAAUAGCAACAGCAAUAAUCCCAACAAUGCGAGCAACAUUUCUCAUUAUAAAUCAAAUUCUAAUAUAAUUGAUAGAGUUUCUAUGGAACACUCUAAAAAAUAAAAAAAUUGUCUUAAAUCUGUAAUAAAAGCAUAUAAAAAUAUUGAGACACUUCGUAAAAUGUAAGAUAUCUUGAAAAAUGAAGAUAACUUCACUGCAUUUUUAAAUAAAACUACAACAAAUAUUCACAUAAAUUAAUCAUUUAAUAAUAAUCACCAUAAUAAUAUUCCAAUAAACUAAUUUAAUAUCAAUCAUCAAAACAACCAAAAUAGUAAUCUAAUUGAAAACUGCACUAACAAUCAAAUUACUAAAAUUCUCAAAAAAGUUACAAGAUCAUAAUCUAAUUUGAGUACCUAAAAUGGAUAAAAAGUUACCAAUUCAGUAACAUAGAUACACAACUAGGACGCAAACACAAAAAGAGAUAAAUCAAAAGAAUGA